GAUCCACAAGACGGAGUUCAGGCAACGUUCUACUGUGACGCCACCACGUGUACGUCACCUGAAUCAGCUACGCUCAUCGAAUGUUCCCAGCGACUGACUACGUCCAACUGCAGCAUGGACGUGAUCCUUGAGGUUGAAGCCAUCAUGGGGUGCAGCUGCUGCUUUGAGAAGGUGUGUGGGUGUGUGCCUUCUCCGACCACCAUCAACUACCUCAGACGCACCGCCGAGGCCGUCGAGGGCUUUACAGACCCCCUCAGUUGCCCUAUUAUUUCGCCGUUUAGGCCCCAGGAGGAGAAUGACGAUGACGAUGACGACGACCAGGAUGAUGACGAGUCUGGUAGGUAGCGAGACGGACUACGUAGCUGGUGGGAUGGGCGGUGGAUCUCAGAUAUAAGGGUUUUAGGGUUUUAAAGUUUUGAGCGUGUGCAUCUUGCGUACGUCUAGAAACCACAGCGCUACACGGCAUAUGCCCUUAAGCCUUUUAGUUAUGUGUUGCUAACGA